AUGUUCUCAUCACGUAUUAUAUUAUUUAUAUUAAUUAUAUUAUUAUUAUUAAAUUGUUAUUGUCAAGGUCAAAAUGAAAUUCGUAAUGCUGUUAAAACUAAAACUAACAGAAAAAUCAAUGAAGGAAAACAAGAUGCUAGAUAUGUUAAAGAUAAAACUCGUGAAACAAUUGAUCGAACUGAUGCUAAAAUAAAUCGAAAACAAAAAAGUGCUAGACGUAAAAUGCAUGCCAUUAAAAAUAUAAUUAACUCAUAA